AUGGAGCACCCGGACAUCGCCAACCAUGACUCGGAUGGCUCGGGGUCUUCGGACGAAUAUCCUCCCCAGUACCCUCUGAUGGCCAACGCAUCCUUUGGGGAAUCCUUCGAUCCGCAGGUCCAGACACCGGCCACCACGAUCACUUCCUCUCCUCCCUCCCAUACCUCGAGUUUGUCCUCAUGGUCUAGCACGCCCACUACCCGCCCACGCGGGUCUAGCGUUGGGGCCUCUACCGUGCUCGAGAAGCCUGACACCCAUGCGAUGGCCGGCGAUCUGCGACCGCAACGCCCGUCUGGUCCCGCGAGAACCCCCUCCAACACUUACGCCCCUCAACGUCGACCGCCACAGUACAUCAGCCUCCAAAACGACCGCCAACGCUCAUCCUCAAGCAAGCGAAACACACGACGCGAUCCAAACGCGCAAUAUCGCGCCCAGGAAAAAGCAUAUGUGCAGCGGAUUCGGGCCAACCCUCAAGCGUGGCAUCAUCAUUUUAGCGACGCGCAGUCUCCCAAUAUGAUGGUCGCCGACGCUGACCUGGAGGAUCCCUCCCCGUCCUCCGAAGCUCCUUAUGAAGAUGACCCUUACGACCCCGACACCCAACUCUUCCUGCCCGACGACAACCUUCCGAGCAUGGAGGAGCUCAAGCACCCGAAGAAUCAGGAACGACUCGAAUGGCACUCCAUGCUUGCAUCUGUCUUGAAAGGCGACGUGGUCAGGCAAGAAAAACAGCGUUUGAUUGGUUCGACCGAAUCCCAACGCUCGGCCGCUCUGAGCCAUGCCCUUUGGCUUGGUGUCAGAUCAAGGACAUGCGGUCGCAGUAUCCCACUUCAGUGGAAGCUGAUUGAGGAUGCUCGCUCCCACAUUGCACCACUUGUCGAAGAUAUCAUUAACUUUCAAAUCAAAGGCGAAGCUGAAAUUGGCAAGCCACCCCGGCAGCAAGUCGAGGAUGUCGUGGAAAAGGUCGAGACGUGCGAGGUUCUCUACUCAACGUCCAAGGAAUUGGAGACAGCAAACCCUCGUGCUGCGUCGGAAGAAUUCUACUCCAGCCGUGCAGCAAUUUUCGCCUGGCACAACAUCACCGCUCUUAUCAACACUCAGCUUGCCGUUCUUCAAAGUUGGGUGGGUAACGAUGCCCUCGAUUUCACAGCAGCCAGGGAAAAGUCCGACAAGAGCGAACUGUCGGAUGACUCCUCGUUUUUGGAUCGUAUCAUGAAGGAAGACGGCCUGAAGACGCUUCAGGGUAACCACAGUAUGCUUAACGGAAUUGGCGCCGUUAUUGAGAAAGCGAAGAGUACCUUGAUUGAAAAUUCGGAAGCUUUUGCGGCUCGCCACUUGCCUCCAUACAUUGAGGAGCUCUUAACAUUGAUCAACUUCCCGUCUCGAUUGAUUCAAGAGAUCAUUCGUGUGCGUCUGUCUUACGCAAAGAACAUGAAGGAUCCAGCACAGCAAUCCCCCAUCCUAGUGGACCAAAUGAUCUCUCAAUUCCAAAUUUUGAUGAGAGUGGCGGUUCAGAUCAAGCAAACUUACCUGGCUAUCUCACGCCCUGAGCCUGGCUGGGAUCUCCCACCUUGUGUUGACGAGAACUUCGACUCCGUGGUUCUGGAUGCCAUGAAAUACUAUUUCCGCCUCUUGAACUGGAAGCUCAACGCCAAUAAAAACACAUUUAAGGAAGCUGAGAUUCUUGAGCAAGAGUGGGGAUACUCUUAUGAGAUUGGCCGGGAACUUGAUGGCGGUGACAUCGAAGUGGCAGAGCAGUUCAGUGCCUUGACUGCCAAAUCACUUCAACGACUCAUGAUCCAUUUUGAACGCGAACUGGUUCCCAGACCCAAAGAGACCGUGACAGAUAUGGACAAACGAUACAAGAGUAUCCUGGAUUCGACACGUAUUCGGCAGCGGAAGCUGUAUCGAUUUUCUAGGUUCCUGUGUCAGCUGUUCGAGAACGCAACCGAAUAUAAUCUAUCAGCUGACAUCGCCUACGAAUUUUUCGAGGCGCUGUUGGUAUCCGACCAUUUCCUUGUCACUUCUCCAGGCUCGGUUGGUCAAAAAGGAGUCUACUUGAUCGCACAUCAUUCUUUGUGGAAUCGUCCAGCCGACAUACAAGCCAUCCUUGCCACAUCUUUCCGCGAAGACAGCUCCGCUACAGACUCAUCUCACAGCCCAUAUGUCCUUGUCAUUCGGCCCGAGAAGCCCCUUGGAUGGGGUGGUAAGGAAAUGCAUGUGGACAUGUUGGAACAGCCAACCGAUGUCCGUCUCGGUAAGCUUCGACUCGUUGUCGAAGGCAUGCAGGAACGACUCCAAAACGCAAGAAUGGAGUUGACGCAGCUUACUGGGAUCCAGCUGGACAUGUCAAUUGAGCAACGUGCCAACCUUGGCCGUGUCAAUGUGGAACUUAAUAAGAUCAAGAAGAUCUCUUUCAAGUUAUCCAUGGCCAUUAUGGAUAGCGUGGCUGUGAUCAAGGAUCAACUUCGCCAGAAAACCUGGGAGAACAACGAACUCGUUCAGGCCUGUUAUGCAUUUGCGACUGAAUUUGGUAAACGAUCUUCCAAUUAUGUUGAUGCAAAUAGACGUGCUAUGAAUAGUGCACGACUGGUGGAAUUAUCCCUUGACUGGGUUUCGUUUAUCUGCGACGAGUGUGAUGCGGCAGAUCGAAAAACUUUCAAAUGGGCAGUGGCUGCACUUGAGUUUGCCAUGGCAAUCACCUCGAGCCGACACCUCUUGUCUCUGAAUGAGGAGCAAUUUAGCCGUCUCAGGUCAAAGGUGGCAGGUUGCAUGUCGCUGCUUAUUUCGCAUUUCGAUAUUAUGGGUGCCCGAUCUUCCCUGGCAGCUCAAGCCGAGAAGCAGCGCAUGGAAGAACGUGCUGGUGCCCGCAAAAUUGGCCACGGUCGUAUUCUGAGCGAUGAGGAGGCAUCUAAGCUUGUUCGCGACCAAUGGUAUGCCGGGGUGCUGGAAAUUGAAGAACGGAGAGUCGAGGAAGAUGCCAAACGGCAGGCCCUUGGUAGAGUGCUGGAAGGCUCUAACGAGGCCGAUAGGUCCCUUACCGUGCUAUCAUCUUCUGCCACCAACGUUACUCUCCGUUGGCAACAAGGCCAGUUCAUUGGGGGUGGAACCUUCGGGUCCGUGUACGUUGCUAUCAAUUUGGACAGCAAUUACUUGAUGGCGGUCAAGGAGAUUCGAUUGCAAGAUCCUCAGUUGAUCCCCAAGAUUGCCCAGCAGAUUCGCGAUGAAAUGGGUGUGCUUGAGGUGCUGGAUCAUCCGAAUAUCGUUUCCUACCACGGCAUUGAAGUCCAUCGCGACAAGGUCUAUAUCUUCAUGGAAUACUGCUCUGGCGGCUCUCUUGCUAGCUUGCUGGAGCAUGGCCGUGUUGAAGAUGAAACUGUCAUCAUGGUUUAUGCCCUUCAGCUCCUCGAGGGUCUCGCUUAUCUGCAUCAAGCGGGCAUUGUCCACCGUGAUAUCAAGCCCGAGAAUGUUCUGCUUGAUCACAAUGGAGUCAUCAAGUACGUCGACUUCGGCGCUGCCAAGAUCAUCGCUCGAUCGGGUCGCACUGUGGCUCCAAUGGACGGUCCUAAUGGCAAGAAUGACCAACUUCAAAACCGGGGCAAGAACCAGAAGACCACCACCGGAACUCCGAUGUACAUGUCGCCCGAAGUCAUCCGCGGCGACUCCCCCAACUUGGUCAAUCGCCAAGGUGCCGUGGACAUCUGGUCUCUUGGCUGCGUGAUCCUCGAGAUGGCCACAGGCCGUCGCCCAUGGUCCACCCUGGAUAACGAAUGGGCAAUCAUGUACAAUAUUGCUCAAGGCAAUCAGCCAUCACUGCCGACCCAUGAUCAACUCAGUGACCAGGGUAUCGAUUUCCUUAGCCGCUGCUUCGAAUGUGACCCUGUCAAACGACCCACCGCUGCGGAGCUUCUUCAGCACGAGUGGAUUGUCUCCAUCCGCCAACAAGUGGUACUGGAGCCUCCAACUCCGGGCAGCGAUACUGGAGGCUACAGUAGCUCCUCUGGCUCUGCCACCCGUCAAAACUCCUACGUGGCAUGA